AUGUGCAGAAACUUCUCACCAAGUAUUGCUAUUCCUCUACUAUGCGGUCAUUAUAUCUCAUACAGGUUCACCGACUGGACAAAGAUAAUUCUCUUUCUUGAAACAUGGCGGUCACAUGGAGCCAGCCAUGUUUUCAUGUAUUAUCAUUCGUCUACUGAAGAAGUUCGGCAUUUGUUGCGAAAUUACGAGAAAGAGGGUUUUGUGACGGUGAUCAAAUGGCCGUUGCUUCCACAGUCUUCCACCGUUGAUCCAAAUCGGUCGCUGUAUCGCUUGGCGCAUUCUCUCGCUCAUAAUGAUUGUGUGCUAAGAAUAGACAGCGAAUUCGGAGCGUUGGUCGACAUCGAUGAGCUCAUUGUGCCAAGGUGGGUCAUAUUCCUAGAAAAGGAAUAG